AUGUACUUUUUGAGAACACCGAAGAACAAGCGAGGUGCUGUGGUUCUCGGCUUACAAGAGGCCAUUCCAGCUAUGCUGAGGCUGGCCCCCGAAAAGACUAUUUAUGUGGACUGGGAUAGCCCAGGAAUCCUUCAUGGAGCUCUUGUCAAAGGUCCUAAAUGGACAACACUUGAAAAUAAUAUCCUAUAUGUACUCAAAGAUCAGAUGCAGUACAAACUUUUCCAUAUCCUUCAGAUAAUGUACCUGAAGUCUGUGAAGUUCCUAUCUCUGAGAGAGGAGGAUGCAGAAGUGGAAGGAAUACAGUAUGAGACACUAAGAACGUUUCAUCAUGGGAUCAGAGUCGAUGCCAUAGCAUGGAGUCCAGAAACCAGACUGGAUGCUUUACCUCCCCAGAUAAGAUUUUGUACUGCAGCUGCUGAUAGGAAGUUAAGGCUGUUCACUUCAGAUCUCCAGGAUAAGCAUGAAUACAAGAUCUUUGAUGGCCACUCAGAUUACAUUAAUGAUCUGGUGUUUGCCCCUAAAGACGGUCAGGAUAUUGCAAGUGUGAGUGAUGAUCACACCUGCAGGGUUUGGGACUUGGAAGGAAAUCAAAAGGCUUAUUUUGUUCUACGUUCCCCUGGAAUGAGUGUGUGCUGGCAUCCUGAGGAGGCUUUUAAGUUGAUGGUAGCAGAGAAGAAUGGAACAAUACGAUUCUACGAUCUCAUUACCCAGCAGGCCAUUCUAUCUCUCCAGUCUGAACAAAUGCCAUUGAUGUCCGCACAUUGGUGUUUAAGAAACACCCUUAAAAUUGGAGCAGUUGCUGGAAAUGAUUGGUUAAUCUGGGAUAUUACUCGCUCCAGUUAUCCACAAGAUAAGAGACCUGUCCAUGUAGAUCGAGCCAGAUUAUUCAGGUGGUCCAGAGUGAAUGAAAACUUAUUUGCAACCACUGGCUAUCCAGGAAAGAUGACUUGCCAGCUUCUAGUUCAUCAUUUAGGACACCCUCAGCCCAUUCUUAUUGGCUCUGCGGCUGUAGGAUCUGGUUUGACCUGGCAUAGGACUCUUCCAUUAUGUGCAGUUGGUGGAGAUCAUAAACUUUUCUUUUGGGUAACAGAAAUGUAAAAUAAAUGUCUGUUCUGAUUAUUAAAUUCUCAAAUAUUGUCCCUUUUUGUAGUAAAAAGUGAAGAAAUCUAGUCAUUCUUGUAUAUUAAUAUUUAUUGGAACAAGAAUAAAAUAACCAAAACACACAAAACUAAACUUAAAUCCCUUUUGCUUGUUUUUAGAUGACAAUUAUAACAAGAUUUGUUAAGGCAGAUACUAUGUUUCAGACAGUGGUGUGACUUUCGUAAUAAAACAUAAGUAUCUUUUUUCACAAUAUUUGUUGAUGAGAUGUUUUUUAAACAACCUUCUUUAGACCAGUAGUUUUCAAACUUUUUUUCUGGGGACCCAGUUGAAGAAAAUCGUUGAUGCCCACGACUCAAUGGG